AAUAAGAAUAAAACGAUAUGUCGUGUAAGGGUAUAAAUUAAUUGUCAGCAAUAGCAGAGUUGGUAACCGGAGAGAAAAAAAAUGCCGUGCCUCAACAUCACCACCAACGUCUCCCUCGACGGCGUCGACACCUCCUCCAUCCUCUCCGAAGCCACCUCCUCCGUCGCCAACAUCAUCGGAAAACCCGAGGCCUAUGUGAUGAUUGUACUGAAAGGAUCAGUACCCAUAGCUUUUGGUGGGACUGAGCAGCCUGCAGCUUAUGGAGAAUUGGUUUCCAUUGGUGGUCUUAACCCCAGUACGAACAAGGAACUUAGUGCUGCAAUUGCUGCAAUUCUGGAAACCAAGUUGUCGGUGGCCAAGUCACGGUUCUUCUUGAAAUUUUAUGACACUAAGGGUUCCAACUUUGGAUGGAAUGGAUCUACAUUCUGAAUUCAUGUUACAUCGGUUGUUGUACCAUGAGUGUUGGAUGGAAUCUUCAUUAUGUUUCCCGUGUUUAUCUCUAUGUUUGAUGUCAUAAUAUAAGCACAAGCUAUUUCUGGUAGCCUAAGCGUGGGUAUCAUGCAAAUGUAACUUUAUUAAUUGCAACUUGCAAGGAUAAAUGGGGAUGACAUGUGUUUGACACUUUUUGUGUCAAGCAUUAUCUGGCACUCCUUAAAAUGAUCAUUUGUAUUGAUUAUGCAUUUUAUGAAUUAAGCUUGAGACCUAGAUGUGAACCUGAUUAUUUCUUAUUAAGUUGCUAUCAUUGUUGUUCGGUGAUAGAUCAA